UCAUCAGUACCUGGCUGUCUUCUGGUUCCAUCAUCAGAGGACCUUCUGCUUACAUUAUUCCAAAUCAGCGCUAGUGGGCAACACAAGUGGCAAGCGCCUGUAAAGACCAAGCUUCAGGAAACCUGGUGCAGUGGGGUGCAGGCACUGAUUACCGACCGUGGUGGCCUACUAAAUGAGGAGGGGUUCUUCUGCAAGGCUGCCCGGUGGAUCAGACAGUCUCUGACACAGAACCAACAACAUCUGGAACAUGUGCAGAGUCUUGCCAGCGCCUCCCUGAGCCUUGUGACCACCAUGGCAACUGCACCAGCCGAGGUGGAUACAGAGGUUGAGGGGGAGGGGGGCACACCUCCAGGACUCAACCCUGCUGUGGCAGAGUUCAUCAGGCUCCUGGUACCCAGUAAGGAAGAGUGGGGGACGCUGAGGGAGGCAGUCUCUCAACAGUGGUCCCUGGCACGCAUGUUGGAUGCCUCGCUGUACUUCUCCACAGUUCCAAAUCCACCACAUUCGGAGAGCGACCCAUCCACCGCCACCAUCCCCGACCUCCUACCUGUCGCCAUCUUUGUCGGUCGUCUCCUAGGCAACCUGCAGCGUGGAAACAUCUUCGCCAUGAGCAGUCUGUCGGAUAAGAUGCUGUUUAGUUCCGGAAGUUCCUUUAGCGAAUCUGAAGACUUUAGGGACUCUAGGUUUUCCGAGAGUUCGGAACGUGGCGUGUCGGAAAGUUCGGACGAAAGCCGCAACUCGCUGAGCCUCGAUCUGAAGGGGUUCCACCUGUCGGAUCACAUGACCUCGAUUUCGGAGUCCCACUCGAGCGCGAGGACUAGCAGGAUGUCUAGCGGGGAGGGUAGCGCUAGGAGUGACGACAAAGCAUUUGCUGCUAGUCUGAGAGAGAGUUUGGGAGGAGAGUUGUACCUGGAUGUAGUCCUGGAGGUGGUGUAUGUCUGGGAAUGGUGUAACGCUGCUACAGGAAAGAGUCAUGCUGGCUACCAGGGUAUGUUGCAUCAGCCACACAGAGGCUCCCCCUUGCUGAUGGGGCUGGAACUGCUGUACUACGCACUGCUGCCCUUGCUGUCCAAGGUACAGCACGACGACUGGGAACAGCUGCUGUCCACGGCAGCAAAGAGGUAUGCAUUUGAGCAACACACCAGUAGCAAUGCCGUGCUAGUCUACAAGGCCCUAAACAAGUUUGUCGACAAGGACACGGAUGCCCUAAUCCUGACGGUUUCCAUGGAUUACUUUGGAAUUUACACCAUGGAAGAGAAAACCAGAAAUGAACAUGAAAUUCGAGCACACGAUCUCGACAUGCAGCCUACACCUAACCCUAACUCAUCACCAGACAAGCCAAAGGAGUCGUGCCAGGAGGAAGACUACAAAAGAAACUAUACCCUGGCACGUCUCUUCUAUGGCCUGUUUCUCAGAAACAUGAGGGACGCUGUGAAAGAAGGAGAUGGGGAGCGCCUUCACAGACUCUAUUCAUUUGCAUUGUUAUACUACAGGAUUGACAAGGCAGGAGAUGGCCAACCACAUAUUGACAACGAUUGUCCAAAGGGCCAGAUCAUGUGCUACUUGGGCUGCGGCGCCAAGUUCUGCAGGUGA